AUGGCUUACCAAUUGAGCGAGAAAACGUACAAGGUGCCCGUCGAACUUUUCAUCGAAAAUCGUCAGCGACUCGUCGAAGCACUUAAAGCAAAGUUUGGGGAUUCGACUGGAAACGUUGUUCUUCUUGAGGGCGGUCGUGAACAGAAUCGCUAUAACACCGAUGCAGCUGAUUUGCCAUUCCGACAAGAAUCGUACUUUUUCUGGACUUUUGGAGUGCAUGAGAGCGAGUUUUACGGUUUGAUUGAUGUCUCGACAGGAAAAAGUGUGCUGUUUCCACCACGACUUCAUCCAAGUUAUGCGAUCUGGGAUGGAAAGAUCAACGACGAAACAUUCUUCAAGGACAAGUAUUCGGUUGAUGAAGUUCAUUUUAAUGAUGAUGGUGUAAUCGCAAAUUAUCUAAAGACAAUUGGAACCAAAAAGCUUCAUCUUUUGCGUGCUGAAAACACUGACAGUCAAAAUGUUCUAGAGCCCGCAAAAUUCAGCGGAAUUGAGCAAUUUACUCAAGACGUUAGCGUUUUGUACGGCGUUAUAGCAGAACUCCGUGUUAUUAAAACAGAAAAAGAGAUUCAAGUGAUGCGGUAUGCGAGCAAAAUUGCUUCAGAAGCUCAUCGCGCGGCGAUGAAGCACAUGCGACCGGGACUUUAUGAAUACCAACUGGAAAGUCUCUUCAGACAUACAUCGUAUUACCACGGCGGAUGUCGACAUUUGGCGUACACUUGCAUCGCUGCUAGUGGAUGCAACGGAUCAAUCCUUCAUUAUGGACACGCUAAUGCUCCAAACGAUCGAUUUAUAAAAGACGGAGAUAUGUGUCUUUUCGAUAUGGGACCAGAAUACAAUUGUUAUGCAUCGGACAUCACAACAAGCUUCCCAGCUAACGGAAAAUUCAACGACAAACAAAAAGUUGUUUACAAUGCGGUUCUUGACGCGAAUCUUGCGGUUCUGAAACAAGCGAAACCUGGUGUUAGAUGGACAGAUAUGCAUAUUCUCUCUGAGAAAGUGAUUCUGGAGCAUUUGAAGAAGGCUGGAUUAGUUACUGGAGACAUCGAUGAAGCUGUAAAGGCUCGUAUUGGUGCGGUAUUCAUGCCUCAUGGACUUGGUCAUUUCAUCGGCCUUGAUGUUCAUGACUGUGGUGGUUAUCUCGGUGAUGCUCUGCCGCGAUCUACUGAACCAGGACUGAAGAGCCUCCGCACGACGAGAACAUUGAAGGAGAACAUGGUUAUAACAAUCGAACCGGGAUGCUACUUCAUCGAUUUCCUUUUGGAUGAGGCGUUAGCGGACCCGGUUAAAUCGAAAUUCCUCGUGAAAGCGGAAAUUGAUAAAUAUCGCGGUCUCGGCGGCGUUCGUAUUGAAGACGACGUGGUUAUUCGAGCUGCUGGAAAUGAAAAUCUAAGCGAUUUACCAAGAACUGUGGAAGAAAUCGAAAACUUCAUGGCGAGCGGUGAAUGGAAUGAGAAAACAAUUGAAUCCAGAAUCAGCGAAUACUUGAAAUAA